AGAAAUUUCUCAUUUUGUUUCACAUGUUAAAUCAUCUAAUCUUUCAAAUUGUUUGAUAAUCCAAAGAAAAUAUGGCAAAUCCAUUACAAUGUUAUAAUAUUUCAUGUGGUCAAACUUAUCUGGAAAAUGAAAAUAAUGAUCUAGCAUGUCAAUAUCAUCCAGGUCGACCAUAUUUUCAUGAUGGUUAUAAAGAAUGGACCUGUUGUAAGAUGCGUUCAAGAGAUUUUUCCGUAUUCAUGGGUUACAAAGGAUGCACAAAAGGACGACAUUCAAAUGUGAAACCUGAAGAACCAGCCAAACCGACUGACAACAACGAGUCAACGGAAUCGGUAACAAUCCAACAAAAUGAUGAAAAUAAAAAACCAAAAGAACCGAUCGAACCAUUUAUUCCACCGGAUGCUAAUCACGAACAAGAAUUGGAAAUAUUCGAAUCAUCUAAUGUAGCUUCAGCUCCACCAGUUCCAAAGGCAAUUAUAAUAUGUAAGAAUUGUAAAAAUGAAGAAUCAACAUUAAACAUGGCUGGUCCAUGUCAUUAUCAUAAAGGAGUUCAAAUUUUCCAUGAUGCCUAUAAAUAUUGGAGCUGUUGUCAUCAUAAAAAAUUUUCGGAUUUUGAAGAUUUUCAAAAAUUACCACCAUGUUCUCGAGCAGAUCAACAUAUAUUGAUAGCAAAAAUUGAAUAUAAAGAAAAUUGGUUUCAAACACCCGGUACAAUCACUAUAGCUUUAUAUGGUUUAAAAGGUGCACGUCAAGAAUCACAAGAUGGAAAAAUUCGUUCCAAGGUUUUAAUUCGUGGUGGUCGACAUUUGUUUGUUCGUUUGAUCAAUCAUGAAGGAUUGAUUAUUUUCGAAAAAGAAUGGACAUUAAGAGAUUAUGUCCGCAAUGAAGGUAAUAAAGUUAUUAUAAACGUUUCAAAUGUACAGAUAACAUUGAAAAAAUCGAAUGAAAAUUAUCAUUGGCCUAAAUUGAUUGUUGAUUAAAUUUGAAAAAAAAAAUUUUAUUUUUAUUUUAUUUUAUUCAAUAUGAAUUAGUAAAUGAUUGU